UUAUAUCUCCGCCAUUUUCAUUCUUUUCUCUAUUCCUGCCGUCAUAUGGCGUAUUAGUGUGUUCGUUUGUCGGCCAUAUUAAAUGAAAUCAAUAAAAUAAGACAAAAUGUCGACUUAUUAAGUGUGUAAAAUUAUCCAACAACAUCCAGUUUUUGUGUGAUUAAAUCAUCAAGAGGAUCACAAUGGAGAAUUCCUACGGUGUGGGAAUUGUUAAUAGAUACGCUCUUUUUUUGGACGAUGAGACCGAUCCUCUUGAUGCGUUAAAAGCGCGAGAGCAAGCCAAGGAGCUUAAAAAGAAAACCAAAGAAGCCGAAAAAGAGAAUAAAGGGAAACCAGAAAUAAAGCCUAAGAGCGGCAGUGUGGUCGCUCGGAAGGGCAUCAAGGAAACCCAAAAUGUGAAGUCUCAAGAAAAUAAGAACGGCGAUCAACAAAAGAGCAAAGGCCCGGCACGGACUGCCGAACGUCCUGUCGAACGUCCUGUCGAACGUCCGCCUUCGAAACGUCGCGAAGAAAGACCGCAAAACGGUGCCGUCGAGGGCAAAGAAGUCGCACCGAGGCCUCCUCGACGCGAAUUUGGUGAGCGCCGACCGUACAUUGAGCGGCGUAACUUUAGUGACAACCCCGAGGGUGGCGAACGACGCGGACCGAGACCACCGCGUGAACCCCGCGAAGGCCAACGCGGUCCGAGGCCCGCCUACGACAGUCGAGGCAAACGCGAGUUCGAUAGAAGGUCCGGUUCCGACAAGACCGGGGUGAAGCCGGUGGACAAGCGUGAAGGUGGAGGUCCUCACAACUGGGGCACCAUUAAAGACGAUUUGGACGAGUUGCAGAAGACGGGCUCCGAAGGUGAGACAGUGGAGGAGAAGGUGCCGGACGUAGCCGCCGCCGGCGAUGGGCAACAGCCGGACGCCGAGCGUACGGUACCCGCCGAGGAGGAGCCGCGUGAGCUGACGCUGGACGAGUACAAGGCUUUGCGCAACGCCCAGCGCAUGGCUCCGCAGUACAACUUACGCAAGGCGGGCGAGGGUGAGGACUUGAGUCAGUGGAAGAACCUCGUGAUGUUGGAGAAGAAGAAGGAGGGCGGGGAAGACGACGAGAGCGACGAGGAAUAUGACAUGGCCGACUAUCCGCAGCGCGUGGGUCGCCAGAAGCGCGUGCUGGGCAUCGAGUUCACGUUCAGCGACACGGCGAGGCGCGGUGGUACGGGCGGACGCGGGCGCGGGAGAGGGCGCGGGCGCGGGCGGGGCGUGCCGCGCGAGGAGCCGCCGCCGGAGGAGCGCCCGGCGCCGCGCUCACAGGUGGCUCCGCCCAAGGUUGACGACAGCAAGGAUUUUCCCUCUCUCAGCUAGACUCGAUGUGAGUCCUCCUUCACCCCUUUUGAAAGUACUAUAGAAAUACAAAUUAAUAUUGUAUGUACCGUUAUUUUUGAAGUAAAUAUACAAAAUAUUUACACGAGUGUGUAUUA